AUCAAUGCACAAAAGAUGGCGAUUUAUUCCGCCUUAUUGUAUUUGCAAACAUUCGUACCUAAAUUUUAAAAGAUCAACAUAUGGUUGGUUUCUGGCUGUUCGAUCUUUUUCAAGUUCAUCAUAAUAAUUUUAAAUUUUCCAUCCUCAUAAUGUUACGGAAUCGAUUACUGGACAACAUUCAUCAAUGUCAACGAUUAAAGUCAUUAUCAUUGUCGACGGCUGCCGAAAUUCCGAAAGAAUUUAUCAAAACGAUAAAAUUUCGUACUUGUAUCAAUGUUUAUGAUGAAUUAAGAUUACGAUUACCUAGAUUUUAUGGAAAAUCACCAUCUGAAGGUGUUGAUAUUAGAAUUGAUUAUGUUGAUACUCAAUCAAAUCAAAAACCGAAGAAAACAAUUGUAGCUCUGCAUGGUACGGCCGAUACUUAUAGAACAUUCACUUCAUUGAUUCGUCAUUUUCAACAUCGGUCUGAUGUACGAAUUGUCGUGCCAAAUUUUCCCGAUUUCAGCCAUACACGUGCAACUAAUUAUUCAUUUUGGCAUUCAAGUGAUGAAAAAUAUGACUUACUACAAGAUUUAUUUCGUAUUUUAAACAUUGACAAGAUUGAUUGUAUUGUUGGCCAUUCAUAUGGUAAUCAUUCAAGCAUAGUGUUGUUAGAGAAACCACAAGGUUUACGAAUCAAAUCAAUAGCAAUGAUUGCACCACAAUUUUUAUUAGGUAAUUUAGGUGAUAAUUUAUAUAAGAUGACAAAAUUGAUAUUGCCAUUAUCAAAAUCUGAACGUUUGUCUCGUCUGUUAAACUGGAUGAAAAUUCAUCAAUCUAAAAGCAUACCGUUUAAAUUUACCGAUAUUGAUGAACUUUUCCAUUUAUUAACUAUUAUUCUGGAUGAACAAGCAAUUAAAAGUUCGCCGGCAAAAAUUCGAUUAUUGAAUAAAAUGAAAAUACCUGGUUUUACUAUAUAUUCUUCAGAUGAAAGAAUAAUAGCCAAAAGUGCACAGCAACAAUUAUACAAAUUACUUAACAUAAAUGAUGAUCAAGCAAUUCUUAUCGAUCGAGAUGAACCCACAAUAAUUACUGCUAAUUUUUCACAGGAUGCCAAUAAUACAAUCAAGAAAAUCAUAGUCAAAGAUGGACGUCAUUUUCCACACCACAAAUAUUCAAAUGUUACAAAUUUUUUGAUUGAAAAACUAAUCAAUGAAUGUUGACAAAUUAAAUAUUUAGUAGAUAUUUUACAAAA